CGCCCACCGUCAGCUGUGCGGCAGGCGAGGAGAGGGGGUUUAAAACAAAAGAGUUGCCGAGCUCUCCAGGUGUGGCUGCUCGCCGCUUUCUGCCGUGGGGUCGGCGAGCCGUGAACCAGUGCAGCCCCGUCCCGCCCGAGCCCCAGACACCCGGGCUGCCCUCCUCUAGCUUGCCGCCGCUGCUACUCUUCAUUUAAUCCUUGAUCUUCUCCGCUCUUCCUUUGUCUGCGGCUGCCUAGGCUGUUGGGUCUCUCCCCUCCCUCCACCCCUCUCCCUCCUCCCUCGGCUGGACUCGUCCCUCUCCCUCUUCCUUCCUCCCGCUUCCUCUUUCCCGUCUCACCUCAUCCUUGCAUUUUCUAUUCCCCUUUCUCAUCUCCUUCCCCCUACUCCUUUCUCCUCUCUUUCCUCCUCUUUCUUCUCUUCUCACCCUUGCUUCUUUCUCUCCUCCCCUUUCUCUUCUCCCCUUCUCUUUUCUUAUCUUUUCCCUAAUCCCUUUCAUCCCCUCUCUUCUCCCCACCAUCUCUUCCCCCUUUCUCUAACUCUCUAUUUUCCCUGCUUGUGGGACUUUGGAGCAAGGGAAAGGGGGUGUUUCCUCCGCACCCCUCCUUUCUACAUCCUCCUCCUCCAUCUCCUUCUGGGGGGAGGAGGAGGAGGUGGGGGUGGAAGCCUGGAGAGAGAGAAGGGUGGAGGGGACAACUCUUUUGCCCCCUCCCCUUCCCCCCACCCGAACAACAGCCCACCAGCCGGGGACGGGGACGCGGGUGGGGUUGGGGGUCUGAGCCAUGCCUAGCUCCGAGCUACUGAUGGAGAGGAACGGGAACGGGAGUGUAGAACUGGGCAGGAGUGCCCCACUGGAGCUGGACGUGGAGAUGGAGAUGGAGAUGGGGCUGGGCAUGGGCCGGAUGCUGGAGGAGGAGCAGAGGGCGCUGCAGAUCGCCCUUGACCAGCUCUCCAUGCUGGGGCUGGGAGAGGAGCAGGAGGGGCCCGAGCUGCUGGAGGAGGAGGACGAUGACGAGGAGAACCUCAACAACAACAACAACAAUGGGGGCGCUGGCCCGCAGCACCACCGGGACACCUACCUGGCUGCCCUGUAUGAGGGCAGCGAAGGCAAGAAGAAGAGCAGCAACACCACGGAGUGCGUGCCCGUGCCCAGCUCCGAGCACGUGGCCGAGAUUGUGGGCCGGCAAGGCUGCAAGAUCAAAGCACUGCGGGCGAAGACCAACACUUACAUCAAGACACCAGUGCGGGGCGAGGAGCCGGUCUUCGUAGUGACGGGCCGACGGGAGGACGUGGCAAUGGCACGGCGAGAGAUCAUAUCAGCAGCUGAGCACUUCUCGCUGAUCCGCGCCUCCCGCAACAAGGACGGGGCACCAAAUGGCGCGGCACCACUACCGCCAAACCUGCCAGGCCAGACCACCAUCCAGGUGCGGGUCCCCUACAGGGUAGUGGGGCUGGUGGUAGGGCCCAAGGGCGCCACCAUCAAGAGGAUCCAGCAGCAGACGCACACCUACAUUGUGACGCCCAGCCGCGACAAGGAACCCGUCUUCGAGGUCACCGGAAUGCCGGCCAAUGUAGACCGGGCCCGCGAGGAGAUCGAGGCGCAUAUUGCCACCCGCACCGGUGGUUUAGUGGACCUGGGCGACGACAGCGAUUUCCACGGUGACGGCCUAGAGCCGGGCCUAGCAGCCUCACGCCCUCACCGGGUCUGGAGCAAAUCAGCGCUAGGCCCGGGCCGCAAGCCCCUCCCCGGUUACCGCGGGGGUGGCCCAGCUCCCACGGACUACUACUACGGUGGCGCCAAACUGGCCGAGCCCCCCCAUCCCCACCACGCUCAGCACCACCCUCCCUCCUUUGCCAACGGAGUGGUCUUCGGCGAGGCCUUCCCGUCCUCUCCCUUUGGUGCUGAGGCCCGGGAGCUGGAACCUGCAGCCGGUCCCCUCUGGACUCCUCGCCCUGAGCUGGUGGGCCCAUCAUCAGAGACCCGGCGGGGCAGUGCCGGAGGGGGCGGAGGGCUGUCCCACCUCUCACCCACCCUCCCCGAGUCUGGCCUGAUUGCUGGUGGCCACUCUCUGGCCCGUCGUGCCCACAGCGACCCGCUUCAGGGCAAUCUGCGGCCGGCGGGGCCCUCUGGCCGGCCCCCCUCGCCAGGGGGAGGGGGAGGGGGCAGCCGCCACCCCAGCACCCGCGAGUGCCAGGUCUGCUUCGAGAGUGAGGUCACGGCCGCCCUGGUACCCUGUGGUCACAACCUCUUCUGCAUGGAGUGCGCCAACCGCAUCUGCCAGCGCAGUAACCCGCACUGCCCCGCCUGUCUCAGCACCGUCACCCAGGCGAUCCGGAUUUUCUCCUGAUUCGCCACCCUGCCCCCACUUCAGUCUCCAUUUCCUUUUUUAAAAUCCGUUUUCCUUUGGUUGUAGGCAUUUGGAUUGGGUCAGGACGCAUGAGCGAAGUUGGCUGGGGUGCCCGUGAUGUGCCCACGCUCCCUAUCCCCCUCUUUCACUUUCCUCCUCCCUCUUAACCCCUUCCUGCCCAAACAGUGACCAGCGGGCUCGUCCCUGCCCCUCGUGGGGGGUAGUUGGGGAAUAACACUACAAAACCCUGAGGGAUGGAGGUGGUUUCCUGACCAGAUUCACGGAGCGAGGACCCUUCUGCGGGACACGAAGACCAUUUGGAGGGAUGGGGGUCCUGGGGUUGUCUGGCACAAAGGCUGGAGAAACUCCCUCCCUCCCCCUUCCCCCCAGCCCUGAUCCACCACUUCCACACCCUUUGGCCUGAGCGAACCUCGGGUUGCCGAGGCUCGGCUCCUGGGCAGCUGUGGUGCUGCCUUGGAAUGGCUCUGCUUGGAAAUCGGGGAUUUUCCUGCACGUCGGAGAGAGAGUUGGGUCAGCUCAGCAGCCAGUGAACAAACCACCGGAGAUCUGUUACCCUUGUUGUAGGUGGACAAUGGGACAUCAGAGAGCAGUGACCAGAGAAUUUUCUUGAAAUCCUGACCAUUUUUUUUGUAAUCAUUAAUUGAUGUCACCUUAGAACGGGUGACAAGGUGUGGUGUUGUAAGUCCAAUUGAUGAGAGUAACAAGUAUGUUUCUAGAUUCCUGUUAUUGUAUGGUUAUGCCAAUGCUGCUGGGCCCGCAGUGUUUUCAGUCAAACUGUUCUUUCUCUCCCUCUGCCUCCCACUCCCUCUCCUUCUCUCACUCUUUCCUCUGUCUCCCUAUCUCACUCCUCUUCACUCUCUACCUCUCACCCUUUCCUCCCUCUCCCUCUCUUUCCUCUUUCUCUCUCACUUUCUCCUCCCUCUCUCCCUCUUGCUUCUCUCUUGCUUUUUUCCUCCCCCCCUUCCCUCCCUCCCUUUCUUGCUCUCACUUUAACUUCCUCGCUUUCUUCCCUCUCUCUUGCUUGCCUUUCCCGUCAUUGUUUCACUUUGCCAGGGUUUUUGGCAAUUAAGCCACAAAAAUUGUGUGGAGUUGUGUGUGACCUGUAACACCGAUGUCCUUGCAAGUGGACAGAUUUGCCUUUUGAACUUAAGACAAAUAAGCGCUGAGCAGAGGGAACUGAAGCAAAACUGAUAUUGGGAAAUGAAUCCUUUUUGUAGCAAGUGUCAGAAUUCAGCAACACCCUGGUUUUCUUUCCCCAAGCCUCCAUGAUUUGACCUGUUUGAGUUGUGUCUUGUCCCACCCUCUGUAACAACUCUUGGGAUAUAUGGAUGUGGAUGCACUGAGCUUUAGAGAACUGGCUCCCACUGUGGCUCUUCCCACAGUAAACCCAUCGGAGCCAUUUGUUGGAAAUGUUAGUGGCUGAGAACUGUGUGCUUGUCCAGAGAUAGAGGAGGAGGGAGAGGAUGUCUCUGUUGGUGGAAGUAGGGCGGUUCUCAUCUGGGUUCAUGCUUCGGAUCAGAGACACGGGUGCUGUGUGAGGAAGGUCGAAUGAGAACUGGUUUUAGUUUGUGGUAUUCAUAGUUCAUAGAUAUUUUGUUUUUCUCCCCCCCCCCCCCCAAACAUUUGGAUGAAUUUUACUCUUUCAAGUUUGGGUUCAUGGAACACCUGAGUGGUAAUACAUAGUUUAAGGUAGGAAAGACCAAGUCUGAUGUGUUUAUGGAAGGAUGUUGCAUUAAUUGAGAUGCAUAAUUCCCAUCUCCAUCUCCCUCUUGCUCAGCUAACUGCCUGUUGUGGCUACGGCAUCCCCUACUCUGUGCACCUGGUGAGGCCCCUGUUUAUUCCGCCAGUGCGGUCCACCAUCAGCACUGCUCAAACAAUGACAGCCCUGAACAAGACCAUAAGACAAAGGAACAGAAUUAGGCCACUUGGCUUAUCAGGUCUACUUACUCCACCAUUUCUUCAUUGCUGAUUUAUCACCCCAUUCUUUUAUCUUCUCCCGUAACCAUUAAUACCCUGAACAUGUUUUACAUAUACUGAACGACUUGUCUUUCACUGACAUCUGCGGCAAUUAAUUCCAGAAACUCACCACCCUCUGGCUUAAGAAAUUCCUUCUUAUCUCUGUUCUGAGGCUCUGCGCUCUGGUCCUAGACUCACCACUACAAGGAUACAUCUUCUCUACAUCCACUCUAUCUAGGCCUUUCAUUAUUUGAUAGAUUUUAAUGAGAUCCACCCUCAUUCUUUUAAACUCCAGCAAGUACAGGCCCAGAGCCACCAAAUGUUCAUGUGUUAACAUUUUCAUUCCCAAAAUCAUUCUCAUGGACCUCCUCUGGACCCUGUCCAAUGCCAGCACAUCCAUCCUUAGAUAAGGGACUCAAAACUACUCACAGUACUCUUCAGUGUGCUCGGACCAAUGCCAUUUAAAGCCUUAGCAUCACAUCCUUGCUCUUAUAUUCUCGUCUUCUUGAAAUUAAUGUUGGCAUUGUAUUUGCUUCCUUACCACUGACUCAACCUGCAAAUUAACCUUUAGAGGAUUUUGCACAAGGACUUUCAAGUCCCUUUGCAUCUCUGAUUUUUGAACUUUUGUCUGUUUAGAUCCUUGCCUUUAUUCCUUCUACCGAAGUGCAUGACCAUGACCAUGCACUUCCCUGCACUGUGUUCUGUCUGUCACUUCCUUGCCUCUUUACCCAAUCUGUCCCAGUCCUUCUGCAGACUCCCUGCUUCCUCGACACUACUGGCUACUCCACCUAUCUUUGUAUCAUCUGCUACCAUGGCAACAAAGCCAUUAAUUACAUCAUCCAAAUGAUGGACAUAUAAUGUAAAAAGAAGCGGUCCCACCACUGCAGAACACCACUUGUCACCGGCAGCCAACCUUUAUUUCAACUCUGCCUCCUCCCAGUCACAUAACCAUGUUAGUAUUUUUCAUGUAAUACCAUGGGUUCAUCUUGUUAAGCAGCCUCGUAUGGGACCUUGUCAAAGGCCUUCUGAAAAUCCAAGUAAACAACAUCCACUGACUCUCCUCUCUCUAUCCUGCCUGUUAUUUCCUCAAAAGAAUUCCAACGGAUUUGUCUGGCAAGAUACUCCCUCAUGGAAACCAUGCUGACAUUGGCCCAGUUUAUCAUGCACCUCCAAGUACCCAGAAACCUCGUCCUUAAUAAUGGACUCCAACACCUCCCCAACCACUGAAGUCAGGGUAACUGGCCUAUCAUUUCCUUUCUUCUGCCUCCCUCCCUUAGAGAGUUGAGUGACAUUUGAAAUUUUCCAGUCCUUUGGAACCAUAGCAGAAUCUAGUGAUUCUUGAAAGAUCUUUACUAAUGCCUCCUCAAUCUCUUCAGCUACCUCUUUCAGAACCCUGGGGUGUAGUCCAUCUGGUGCAGGUGACUUAUCCACCUUCAGACCUUUCUGCUUCCCAAGCACCUUCUUAGUAAUAGCAACUACACUCAUUUUUGACCCUGACACUGGAAUUUCUGGCAUUCUGCUAGUGUCUUUCACAGUGAAGACUGAGGCAAAAUAUUUAUUUUUUUGUCCACCAUUUCUUUGUCUUGCAUAGCGGCCUAUUACUUUAAGAGUGCAGCGUUGGGACAGUAUUGAGGAAGCUUCCAUCUGCCUGUCAAGGCUCACUUGCCUUCGAUCACUUUUGCUGAGCAGUGCAGAAGGUGAUUGAGGUUGCUGGGGAAGUUGGCAUGCAUCCGUAGCUGUCCCCAGCUCCAUCAUCUCACAGUGGUUGGGUGAUGCAAUGCUGGUCAAAUCCACGUUGGUCCAUUGGACUGUGCUGGGGGCGACAUCUGGUCUUUGCAAAAUCCAGAGAUGGUUGUUCUGGACUUUGGAGAAACUUAUGAAGGACAGCAAGGAGUUUGAGCGAUGUCGUCCCAGGAAGUGAAGGUGGGAUUUCUCUCCAUUAGGUAACGGGAGGAACAUUAUUGCUCUUAAUCUUCCCCACAACUUCCCACCUCCUGCCGAUUCCUGUUCCACUCCCCACAACAGUCUCAACCAGGCUACCAAGGUCUGAGUUUAGGAUCUUGUGUUGUUCUCCCCUCUGAGAUGGCCCCCACUCCUACAUCCUACAGUGCCUGAGUGCUUUGUUGGCAGAUGCCUAAUGAUACUCCAUUUUGCACUUAGAUGGCGCAUUUAAUUUGGAAAGUUCUUGUCCUCAUCUGCUUGGUUGAGUGUGUUUUUCAGAGCUGAAGAUUUCAGUCUUUCCAUCUUGUAUUCUCCGUCUCUCCACACUCCGUGUUCUCUCCCCCUCUCUCUGCGCUCCCCCCCCCCUGUGUUCUCUCUCCUCCCCAUGGCCCUUGCGUUCUCCCCCACAUUCUGCCCCCCCCGUUGCAUUCUCACCACCCCCAUUGCAUUCUCUCCCCACCCUGUACUUUCCCCCUCCUCUCUGCAUUCUUGAUCCCUCUGAAUUCUACCUCCGCACCCCCGUGUUCUCUUUUCUCUCUCUCUCUCUCUCUCUCCAUUCUCUCCGCCCCCACAUUCUCUUGUUCUCUCUCCCCUCCCCACCCUCUCCACACCCCCUCUUUCUCUAUGUUCUCUCCCCCAUGUGUCUGCAUUGGAAGGAGGCAGUGGGAUUUUCAAGUGACCUCUUUCACCAAGGGAGUGGAACAGUAUCAGCAGUAUUGGACCUGGAAAGGGCCUUAUUAAUGUAUGUUUCCCAUUAUAUUUUAUAUUCAGAAUUGUAGGUCAUUUUAUAUUCCUUGUAAACAAAGAGAAAUUAAAGGGGUCUACUCAACGAAAUUUAACUGCUGACAGGAAAAUUUCUAACAAACCGGUAAUUAUGUUGACAAAAAUUUUAGUUCUAGUUUAGUAAAUAUUUUAAUACCAUAUGUUAAAUGUAUUUGUAGGUGAAUUAUUUCAUUAAAAUACUUUAUGAGCAAAGUUUAACAGAAAAACGCAAAAAGUAUAUUUUAUUUUUUACCGAUCAAUGUCAAAAGUUCAAAUACUGAUAUUUGCAAAAAACAAAAUUUUAAAAAUUGAGAGUUUUAUUUUUGUGACUGUUUAAAACGUUUUACGUACCAAAUUGUGUGAUUCAGUUCUGAUGCUUUGCUCUGUGACAAUGUGACAUUUUCCCUCCUGUUUUCUCUGAGAUGUUUACACAUACAUACUUGGGUCAUUGUUUCAAAAACUAAGACGGGAGGGUUGAGGGUGGAGGUGGGGUUGGGGGGGAAGGGAGGGGGUGAUUAAGUGUGUAAAAAAAAUAUAUUAAGAGCUCUGGUGUGCAAGUACAGGCAGGCAGAUUCUCUCGCUUGACCCUCUCCUAUCCUUUAUUGCAUUUGUAGAUUUAAUUGCUUCUUCUGUCCUGUAGAAGGUUGGAGCCUUUCUGAAGUAUUGCUCCAUUCCUCGGGGGGAGGAAGCCUCCCAGUGGAUGGUGAUGUGGGAGGGGGACGAUGUGCGAGUAGGCACAAGGAUCAGGGUUGUCUGGGACUUGGCUGUUGGUGUGUGGGGUGGGGGUGGUGAGGAAGAGUACCAAUGAUGUCCGGGAUCAGUGUUCGCCUUUGUGAGCGUGGUAUUUAUUUAAAGCUACUGCUGGGCUGCUGGAGCUCUGACUAGCGGCGGACAGGAAAAGGGCAGCAAGGAGAGCUGGAGUGUGUGUUUGUCAGGGUUGGGUUGUGUGGGGUAAUGGAAGGUGCUUCAGGAAUGUGUGCCCUUCUCGGGGGCCAAAGCCUUUAUCGCUGGUUCAGGAUAGACACGUUCUGACUUGGACACAGAGCUCCUUGACAAAUUUCCCAUACGUUCAGGUGUGCACUGACCCUUUCCCUGCCAUUUGCCACUCCGUGAUGUCAGCUGACUGGUGUACAGCCGUGAGGGCAGCAGUCCACCCAAUGUGGGGGGCCAUCGUGGGGUCCUCCUGGGCUCAUGGGCUGUCACCUGCCUGGCAUGCUCCGGUACCCUGCCAUCCAUCGCUCGUGCCAUCGCCUAAACCUGACCAUGCCCACUGUCGCCUGUCAGAUUUGAGAUGGAUCCCAACCACGUGACCCAUCCUACCUGCUGAGGGUGGCACUCCCACUCUUCACUCGGGCCCUGUGUCCUGGUUGCUCUGUAAUCGCCUCUCCCUGUGGUAAUCACCUCAUUCCCAUCCCAGACUGCCUCCCUCCACUCCCCUGUCCCCUUCACUCCUUUAUCCUCCCUCCCUCCAGGUUCAAAUUUAAUCAGAAAACAGAGAGUGAAAUGAAUCGUUUGUGUUAACACAUGCCAGAUUGUGCUGGGGACAGCCAGCAAGUGUAGCCACACAUUCCGGCACUAAUCCCUUCCAUCACUCCCCAUCUCCACCCUCCCCCUUCUCUCCCACUUUCACUCUCCAAUCACCCUCAUCCCACUUUGCUCCCCCUUUAUCCCCCCAACCCCCACAGUCUGGUCAGGGGUCGCAGCCAGUGCUGGCAAAGAAGAUGUGGGAUGGGGUUGCUGGGGUCACUGGGCUGGCCUGGCUGAGUUCAGUUUGCUCGGGGAUGACGACCUUCCAGCCCUACUCACCUCGGCCAUUUCCAGCUCUGCCCAAGGGGCUUCUCACACACACCCCAUCCCAGCGACUCCCCCUCCCACACUCACGGUGCUCCCAGCUCAGUUUCUUAUCAUGCCUGGUCCCGAUCCUGAAAGAGGAAUUUUGAGCACUGAUCAAGUGCAAGCCUUUUUGUACGGUAGAGGAGGAAGCAAGUCCACCGAGCCGGGAGCUGUGGAGUACUCCUGCUCCACCACAGCAGGCCGUGCCAGCAUGUCCCUCAUCACUGCAUCUGCGAUCAAGCUGGGUCCUGGUGUCAGGGAGCCAUACUGUACGCUGAGGGAAUCGCACACUGCGCAGUGAUCUUACUGCCCUCAGCCUGGGAUGUCCAACGGAAGCAGAUUCACUCAAAGCAAGCUGCAGAGACCCAGACCAGACACUGUUUGCCCGAGGUUCCUCAGCUCUGACGCUCCCUGAGCAUAGGUCCCCCUCUCGCGAGCUUUCUGAACAAAACCCACCUUUCCUGCCGAGAGGAUCAAUUUCAAAGUGACAGCCCCCCUCUUCUGAGACUUGCAAAGGUGGCUAACGAGUUGCCAGAUCUGGGAGCCAUUCCUGCCUUGUGCACAAUUAAUCUUGUCCUUUGGACGAUUCCUGCAACUCCAUUCUAACUAAAGUAUCUGUAGCAUUUAGUGUUUUGAGUAGACAGGGUCCCAUUAGAGGUAGGGCUGCUGGUGUCAACCUUGUGUUGUGACUGUUUAAAAUCUAUAAUAAAGUGGUAAAAGACUGUCUGAAGGAGAGGGUAGAUUUAUUAAAAUGAUAAUGUGAUUGUGAUUUUUAUAUUACUGAAUGUAAAAAAAAAACACAAAAAAAGUUUAUAACAACCAAAUAAGCAUUUAUGAUAAAAAUAUUUUAACAAUAUUGCAUGUA